AGGGGCAGCAGUAAGAGCCAUAGGCAAUUGGGCAGUUUGAGUCUCUCCCAGCCGGGGCCCGUACCCCCCGCAGAGCCCUGUAUUGGGCAAAGGCCGCCUGACAGACCCCGGCUUUAUAUUGGGCUAUUGCGGCCUCCGUAUGUUACUGGCUCUGCCCGCACUCACUGGGGCCAAUCGGCCCGCAAGCGAUCCCUGAGCGCCAAGAUCAGCGCCUGUCUGCCCCGGGGCAUCAUGGGAGUCAGCGCGUCACCUGACUGAUCAUGUGACAAGCCGGAAGCGAUACCGGGGAAACAGAAGCGGCAGUCGGGGAAAUGGCUAGUGACCGGGGGUGGCGGCUGCUCCUGUUCGGGCUCCUGUGUGUAGGGGCCCUGGGGCAGGAGCAGAGCCGGGAGGUGUGGCUGCAGUACAACCCGGGCACGUUGGACACGUCGGUGAAUGUGCUGCACGCCCGCGCCGUGGGUAACGGGAGCACCAUUCACUACGUGUGGAGCACCCUGGGCACCCCGGCCGUGCUGCUCAUCUACAGCGAGAGCGAGACCAGCCAACUGCGCGUCAACUGGAGCAAACUGCUCUCCCCGGAGCCCCAAGGGGCCCUCAGCGUGGAGCCGGCCGCCAGUGUGCGCUACGCCACCGCCAUCUUGUUCACCAGGAUCUUCGAGUAUCAGGACGUGAACAACACGGCGAACUUCUCCGGGACAGACGAGAAAUACUUCUACCCUCCGUACGACUUGUCCCGCCUCCGCUGGGAGAACGCCAACGCCAGCGUAAACGCCACUUCCCUCAGCGCCAACCUGACCUCCGACCCCAGCAGCUUCCAGAAUGGCAGCGUCUCUUUCAGGAUCUCUGCAUACAGCACAGCAGGGCGGGACACCUCCUCCCCGCGCCUGCGCCAUACGGCCAACUGCACCAAGCUGGAGUUCCUGUUGGCGGGUAUCCGGCCGCGGGGCAACAACUCCCGCUUUGCCCUAGAGAUGGCGACCGUCGAGCAGGAGGGGGGCAAGAAAAUGCAGUCCGUCCGCUCUAUUGACGACGAGUACACCCCCUCGGUAUUCGAGAUGAUGCAGUUGGUGCCGGACGCCCCCAAUUCCAGCCUUGCCCGCGGCUUCCUGCAGUGGAAGUCUGUCGCCUACGGCUCCCCCAAUGGCACCAGAGCGGAUAUCCUCCCGUGCCAGCUGUACCCGCUGCGGCCCGUGAACGCCACCUUCCCUGCUGGCAGCAUUGCCCACGCCUACUUCGGAGACGCCCUGGGAGACGCCUACAACCUGGAGGCCUUUAAUAUCUCCUUCGGGAUAGCGGACGGCGACUUUUACGACAAGAACCAAUUUUUAAGCUGGUCGGCCCUGAUUGGCUACGGUGACCCACCCCGGGACUCCUUCUCCAUCCUGGUCAUCUGUAUAAUGGCGGUGGCCCUGGGCACGCCCCUCUUGCUGCUCAUUAUCGGGGCCAUUGUGGUGACAGCCAUGAGGCACAAAGUCUACUCCAAUUACGAGCCCAUAAACUGAGGACCAAUGGCAUCGGGACUGACACAACACUGGACUUAUUAAUAACUGGAAGCUCAAUCCUGUCCCUGGGCCUGGCGGCACAGAGUCUCAUUGGGUUCCCUGGACCAGCACCAGCGCUACUUUUUGUUUGUUUGUUUGUUUUCCCCCUCAGCAGCUGCCUCACUGAUGGAAACACUGUAUUUCUGCCACAUUUCUUGCCAAAAACCACUACUUUUUUAAUUCCCCUGUGCGGUGACUGUAGCUGUGCCGGCCCCAGGUAGGUUCGCUUUUAAAGGGGAAGUUUACAUGGGAUUCUAGAAUGGACCGGAGCCCAAACUUCUGUAAGACUUGCUUUAGCCAAUGGGGACCUUCAGUCGUGGCUUCUCUUUAUUGGCCGCGCUGGUGGGGGGGUGGAUCUUACUGCCCGUGCUGGUGGGGGGGUGGAUCUUACUGCCCCUCGGUGCUGCCAUAUUGCGCUUAGUACUUGAAUAUAGAAAUGAGCUGAAGGGGCUCCUAUUGGGCGCCUCAGGCUGCUACGGUGCAACUGACAGAAAUCCAAUUGGUUAUAUUUAGCCACGCCCACUCGAUGGGGGGGUUGUUAUAUGUUAAUUUGCUUCUAACAUUCCUGCUGCCUUGUCCCCGCCCUCUGCUUCUGCCCCUUUCCUGAGGGGACGUGGGUAUUGGCUGAAACUCUACCCCCCUCCCUUUGUGCAUAUGCAUUAACCCUUUGAGCACCAGGCACUGUAGAAUAUAUGGGGUUGGGCGUAUACAUUUUUCUGGAACCCUAUAGCUCCAUGCUCGCUCGGACCGGCAGUUACAGGGUUAAAUACACACAGAUUUUACUGUCAGUCAAAUAAAAAGGGGAGGGAAUUCCAAGCAAGUUUUUGAGCCAGGCAGCCAAUCAGAGGGAACAUAUGGAAAGUGCCUCGUUAGGAGAUGACUCUUCUACUACCAAUUAGUAAUGAUUUGCUGUUUCUUAUUAACACUUUAUCUGCCCGUCCCCUUUCCUUUCUCCCCCAGCACCUUUACUGUGUAAAUAACGCCUCUAUUUGGUUUUUCAAUAAAAAAAAGUAUUUUUCGGGU